GAUAUAAACAAAACAUAUUUUUCCCACUCAAUAAUAUACCAGAAAAACUUAAUUGUCAUUUAAAUUCACUCAAUCCACACGUUUGUGCUAAUAUAUCGAGUCAUAGUCUAUCUAUUAUAUAACACUUGUUAUCAUAAGUUUCAUGAAUAACUGAAUUUCAUUGGGAAGUGUGUCUCGCAAUAGAUAUCCUAAUAUAUACGGCAUAAUAAUAAUAUAAUCAGCGAUUUAUCGUUGGUAUUGACAAUAAGUGCUACAAAUACGAGAUACUCGGCUGACAUGUCAAUGAUGUCCAUUGAAAUGAAUACGUCAGGUAUGGCCACAAUCGGCACACAGUUCCCACCCGUCACCUACAGCUCAUCGUUUGUCACAUUCAUCAUCAAUGAGCACUUCGCCAACGAAUCAGAUAUUGUGGCCGAAGAGGAAGAGAGCGCGAAGAAUGAGAACAUAAACAUCAAUAACAGUAAGAAAUCGCCGCAAAUAUCAAACGCGAGGUCGCGGUGGCAGGCGUUGGCCAGGAGUGCGUUCGUCCGCAACCAUCACAACAAGACAUCGCAGACAUCGGCCAACAAUACGGUCAACACCGACGCCAAGAACCACACGAAUGGUGUGGUGGGCGGCAAUCACCUGAAGGAGAACCACACGAAUAGUGUUGUACUCGAACUCUUCGCGUUGAACUCUCUGGAGUUGAGCGCACCGGCCAGUGAUAUCAUACUGAAGAGCCGGUCCCAGAAUUGGGUGCAACUGUCGGGACACGAGGACUCGUUCGCGUUGGCCGGACCCGGAACCAUAUGGAAGAAGCGCUCCUCAGACGACACGGAAGUGCGCGCCUACGAGGCCCUCAUGAAUGACUCCAUGUGUGAAAUGGUGCCAAAGUUCUUCAGAGACGUCUUCUAUAACGGCGACUAUUUCAUCGAAUUGGAGGACCUGUUGUUCGAGUACAAAGACGCGGCCAUAAUGGACAUAAAGAUGGGCACCCGAACCUUCUUGGAGGACGAGGUGACCAACACGAAGGCGCGCCAAGACCUGUACGACAAGAUGAUCAAAAUCGACGCCACGGCGCCCACCGAACUCGAGCACCAGCAGAGGGCUGUCACCAAACUGACGUACAUGAAGUUCAGGGAAGCCCUGUCCUCCUCAUCCAAUCUGGGCUUCAGAAUCGAAGGCUUCAAAGCCGGGGAAGACUUGCAGCUCUGCAAAGACCUUAAGCUCGUGAAGCACAGGGAGGAAGUGAAGGCAACACUGGAAGCCUUUCUGAUGCACAAGAAUCAGGUGCGCCUUAAGCUCAUCGAUCGCCUCAAACAGUUGGCGCUGCGGUUCGAGUGCUCCGAGUUCUUCAACAGCCACGAAGUGAUCGGCAGUUCGCUACUCAUCAUACAUAACGGCAAGAGCGCCGGCGUCUGGAUGAUCGACUUCGCCAAAACCAUUCCCGUGCCGGAGGGCCUCACCAUUGACCACAAAUCUCAGUGGCAUUUGGGUAACCACGAGGACGGCUACCUCUUCGGACUCAAUCAUCUGAUCGACAUAUUAGAAGAAUGCGGAGACGAUUAGGCGUUGAUAGCAAUGUCAACCACUGAUUGUCUGUUAAUUAUUAUAAUUAUUUAUCUAUAAAUCAAUUCAUGUGACUUCAGACAUCAAAAUCAAAGCUACAAAAAUACACCCAAAUCUACGAUUAUGACUACCAUUUCCUUUUGUAAUUUGAUUUUCUGUGCCAAAAAUGUUCAUUAUAUCAAGUAUUUUGUACAUAAUUUAUUACAUAAUUACCAUGUUUAUUAUGUAUUUUACAUCGAAAAAACAUUUAAUCAAUUAAUUAAAAUAGAAAUGAAAUAAUUACCAGAAUACA